UGAAUGUUAUUUAUUUGCAGGAAAUGGUUAAACAAUCAACACAUUGCACUGUAUUUAGUUACCAUUUUAUACGGUGGAUAAGAACAUAUUCAUAUGAAUAUCUCAUUUGUUUAGUACAUUCUGCUUUCGCCUUUGUGAUGUUGAGUUUGGGGACGGGGCUGCAUGUAUGUUUUUUUUUUUCAAAUAAUUGUACUUUUUUUUGUAUGAUUCACUUAAAAUUAAAAUGCUCUAAACCUAUAGUGAGUCAGUUCAGAGUGUGGUCCAGUGAAGAACGUGAACGACUCCGCGCUUGCCUUGAGGUGGCGGGCUGUGACCAGGCUUUUGAGUGGGCAGGCCCAGAAGGAGAUUAUACACAAUGCUUCCAGGAAUAGCCAUACUUAAGAUCUAAGCUGCUGUUGGAACCUUUUUGACCUUCACAACAAAAUUUGCAUUGUGCUGCCACUGUGUCAUUUGUGGCAGCUAAAUUGAAGCAGCAUUGUAAUCUUCUCCCACACGUCUUGCUCCUCGCCGUGUGUGCUGGAAGCCCAGGGUGGCAGCUCUCUCAUUCCACUGUCUGUCUCCCUGCCCGCAAGCAUUUCAUUACAAACAAUGACCUGAAGCCACACAACAUCUGCUGUCUGAAAGAUGAUGUUUUCACUGCCAAAGCUUUUUUCGGUCACAGUGUACUCUAGACCAGUAGUGUGAUGAAGCAAUCUACACCCUACAAUAACUCACAUCAAUGGGGUUCACUUUAUGUGCGAAGGGUGUAAAAUUAACUUGAAACAAAAUGGACCACAGACAUGGGCUUCUCAAUGGUCUGGCUAAAAAACUGGAGUAUGAAAACAGGCCUGUGUUUCUAAACCUGGGCAACAGGUGGACGAGUGUUUUGACUAUCAUAGAAUACAGCAGAGUACCACACCAGGCAUGGGGCCAUUGGAUAAUUGGGUCUGUAAGAAAAAUCAAAAUCUUGAGCUUCAUUUUUGGGCUUAUGGUCACCAUUCUCAUCAUGGCUUCUUAUAUUUUGACGAGGGACCAGAAAGGACUUUUUCUAACCCCAUCACCGUAUCACUUUACUUUAAUAUCUCACCCUGCACAGCUGAAUCUCAACCUGACCUCCAUCACAGACUAUAAAACUGAGAGAGAGAUAGUGAGAAACAUUGUGGCCAGAGUGGACUUCAGAAGCAGAAGAGUUCCUGAUAUCCGAGAACUGCGAGAGAAAGAACCACAUUUAUUUUCUGCCAUUCCUCACAAGUUCCUUCCCAAUCUCAAAAAUCCAUGUUGGUAUGAGGAAUUCUUUGGGAAUAUAACAGCAGAUCCAUAUGGGAAAAACCUGUAUGCGCUUUAUUCAAAACGCUUUCAGGCGAUAUAUGACCACUUGCGCAGGGCUUUUCCGGCUCACCUACAUCAGUAUGCGGGUAGACAUUACCGUCUGCGCUGCCUGCCUUUUUUUUACAUCAUCGGGCAGCCCAAGUGUGGCACCACAGAUCUCUACGACCGAUUACGGCUGCAUCCCGAGGUCCAUUUCACAACUAUGAAGGAACCACAUUGGUGGACGAGAAAGAGGUUUGGUAUCAUCAGAUUGAGUAAUGGUUUUCAUAAUCCAUACCCACUGAAAGACUAUCUGGAUCUGUUUGACCAGGCAUCCAAUCAUAUUCAGGAUCAGCUUAUGAACGACUCCCUUCAAAGCCACCAAAAAGUUGACAUUAUAAUAGGUGAAGCCAGCGCAUCCACUAUGUGGGACAACAAUGCUUGGGUUUAUUUUUACGACAAUGGUACGGCGGUGGAGCCUCCUUUUUUGGUACAAGAUUUCAUUCAUGCUGUGCAACCAGAUGCCAAAUUUAUUGUAAUGCUCAGAGACCCCGUAGAAAGGCUUUACUCGGACUAUCUGUAUUUUGGUAUGACCAAUAAAUCCGUGGAGGAUUUUCAUGAGCGAGUAUCAGAAUCACUGCAGCUGUUUGAAAUCUGCUUGGCUGAGAGAUCCAUCCGAUCCUGUAUUUACAACACCACUCUCAACAAUAUAAUGCCUGUGAGACUUCAGGUUGGGCUAUAUGUCAUAUACGUGCUGGACUGGCUGAGCAUUUUCAGUAGAGAGCAAAUUCUCAUACUACGACUGGAGGAUCAUGCAGCUAACCGGAAAAACACUAUACGGAGAGUAUUUGACUUUCUACAGUUGGGACGACUCACUCUGCAGAAGGAAGCAGACAUUACAAAGAGCCCCGCCUCCAACACCAGGAGACCAGCCAAUCGAAAUCUUGGCCCAAUGCUGCCCAUAACCAAGGAGAUUCUGCAAAGCUUCUACCGGCCUUUUAACCAGCACCUUGCCCAUGUGCUUCGAGAUCCUGCCUUUCUGUGGACGUAGUCCUGACAAAGAAGGAAUUAAAAGAAAUGCAUUGUAACAAACAAAAAGAAACAAAUUAAACUCUUCAAGUUGUUAAACCUGUGCCGGGUGGCUGGUUCACCUUUAAAUUUAAAUGAAGUAUAUGUGUACUGUAUAGGUACCAUUUUUUUAUUUUGUUAUGAGGUGCUGGACACUUUCAUCACUGCACUUUGAGAGUAUUUCUUCCCAGUGAUUGACAAAUAAUCAAUAGACAAUUUAUGUAAUGCAUCUGUUUGUAAGGAUAAUAUGAGGUGUUUCAAAAAAUAGAAAACUAACCGUUCUGUACAGCAAAAGAAGAGGUAGCCAACACUACAAAAAUACACUUGAGAAGUCAUACAGUAAUAAACAAUGUUUUGGAUUUUACCUUAAUCCAAGUGAGUUUGGCUCAAGAAUUCCAAGAUGGCUCAGAGUUCCCUCCCUGUCCCUCAGCCUUGGACUUCUGACAAUAUGAAGGUUUGAGGAAACAGCACAAAAGUAAUCAUGUACAUCGAACUUGAAAAAUGAACAAUGUUUUCUGAUAUGUAACUUUAUAAUGUUAGCUGAUAUUAUAAAUACAGAGAUCAGGGCAAGAACAGAUAUCUUCCAGUUAAGUCAUUAAGUUAAUAUUUUAUAUAUUUUCUCAUUGAACUGCAAUAAAGUUUUUCUUUAUA